AUGGCUCCCGACGCCACGUCAGCGAGUUCCGAGGCUCGAGAGUUGAACUUAAUAUCAAAGGUCGAGUUGAGAAUCGCACUUGCAGAUACAGAUGAGAAACUCGAGGGACUUCUCAACACAUAUCUGGCUCCGUUGUUACUGAAGCUAGGUUCCGAAAGCCACGCAGUCCGCAGUAAGGUCAUUGCGGUGUGCCAACAUAUCAAUACGAGAGUUCAAGCACCGUCCAUCCAGCUGCCCGUGGCAGCUCUACUAAAGCAGUUCAAAGACCAGAAGUCUCAGCUGAUCAGACAUUUUGAUUUGGUUUAUCUUCAACAAGGCAUUGAUCGAUUGGGUCCCAACGCGAGAAUUGACAUCUUACUCCCUCUGCUCCAGGGAAUCUCUGAGAUCGGAGCAACCAAUCAAGGUGCCAUUAUCUUCAAUCUUGUCUUGCGGCUUCUGCCUUUGCUCAAUCUACCUCCAAAGGGCAGUGAAGAGGAUGCACAGUUGAAGUCGAAGCUUUGCCUUUCUGACCAGGAUACGACUUUUUUGUCUUCGUGGUUCGAGAAGUUACUUCUUCUGUACCCUGCAGAAAAAGAUGCAACCACAUGUCCUGGGCUAUCACCUGCGGAGUACACCUUUCUGAACAAAGGCCUUCCUGCAGAUGAGACAUGGAACCCUGCUUCGAAUGGCGGACUCAACCUUACCGCGACGAAAGUAACAGCCUUGAGGUUCCUCACUAGCGGAGCUUUCACGGACUCGGAGAGAUUCAUUCCCGCUCUUAUCGCCUCUGCGGAUGCAAACUCUCGAGUCUCUGACCUUGGUGAAGAGAUUUUGAAGCGAUUUAUCCCUGACCUGGAGAAUCCUGAUGUGGUGCAGAAACUGUACAGCCUCUAUUUUGGAGACGGUACGGCGGAUGGUGCCCAGCCGGCGCGACCUCCCGUACAGUUGAAGAUCCUGGUUUUCUUAGGAAAGUCGAUUGUAGCUACGAAGGAUACGGGAAAAGUAAUUCGAUUAAUUGAGGAAGGUCUCCUCUCAGACAAAGCAAGGUCUUCCCAGGGCCUACAAGCCUCAAAACUGAGGACCCAGAUCUUUACGUUCACAACCUGGGUGGUGCGGAUGGGAUCUCCUUCCGAUCUCAAGCUGAUGGCGCCAAAGCUCAUAGCAGGGUUGUGGGACUUUAUCCAAUCUCAGGGUUGGCCGAGCCCUGCAGCCAGCGGCCAAAGGCUUCCCGCAUCAGACUUGAGUCUCCGUGGUCUUGCCUACGAGAGCAUUGGUAUACUUGUUCCCAAGGUGGAUUUUCAAGUUCAAGAUGACCAGGCGCAAUUUUCUGAUUUUGAUCUGAUCAAAUGGUUGUUCACGUCCUUGAGCUCCGAUGACUCGGGCCCUCAGAUCUUUGUGAGCAUUGAGCAGGCCCUGGGGAGUAUUUUGAACUCCUCAGUGGACCGAUGGAAUAAGGAAUUUCAAGAGCAAAUUCGUCCUUUCCUCGUCCAUCAGAUGGGUAAUCUACCCGGUGACGAAGAUCCCAUCACUGGAUUCAAGGUCGUUCGCAGAUCGCAAUAUGCUGCCGUCCGUUUUUCCAAUCGAUUCCUACCAUAUAGUGAUGUUGUGGCUCGCUGGAUUGACCUCAUGGCUGUUGCGCGCGGAUCGGAACUGAAUCAAGAGGUUGUAGAGGAAGGCAAGAAGGGCUUACAUCCUUAUUGGUACCGGCUGCUCAAUCCCAGCAGGGACAGAAAAUGGCUCGCAUCGACAGCUACAGAUGAAACGGACCAGGCUUGGUACAACUUCCCAACGUUUUCCGACGCAACUGGCUUCUUACUUGGUUCCCCAGAAUCAGCGAGAAGUGCAGUGGCGCCAGCUCUGUCCGCGCCGGAGGCUCUGUCGGGGCCAUACAGGACUGCUCUGCCCGUUGCUAUUGCAUUUCUUCGCAACAUUCUUCUCUGGGAGUCUCUCUCAGCAUCUGGAAACAUCAUGGACAUUGAGCAAGAUUGGGAUGUCAAACUCGACGUGCUUCUUACGUCUGAUGAGGGAGCCCGACAAGGAUUGAAACAGUACAUGCAGUCGUCGGACAAGGAACCUAUUUUAUUAUUCCUAACAAGCGCCUUGACCGGUCUUACGAGUGACAAACGACUGGGUCUACAGCGGUGCGGAGAGCACUUUGUGAGCAUCUGCUCGCUGGCGUCAAAUGAAACAGUUGGGGCUCUGGUUCCGCAGACGCUGUCAUUGAAAGCCUCUGUAAGCAGUACUGAUCAGGAAAUACAGAAUAAGGCUGCGCAAGCUCUUGGGAUCCUAGCAUCUCACCCUGCGUUGUCUGAUGCCGAUAUCCAAUCCCUGCUUUCAGAUCUGUCAGAUUCUGUAUCCACAUGGAAAACGGCGAUCGGAGAAGCCUUGCUGAAGAUACGGGGCGCGAUCCUUGCCAUAGCUUAUAUACUGAGCAGGCUUGCAUUCCGUAAGGCGCUGCAUAGAGCCUCCGACGAACAGGUGGAACAAUUCACAAGCACAGUGUUCGAGCUGGUAGAGAACUCUCGUGACACUCUCCUCCGACGCUCCGCACAAGUGGCACUCGGACUACUAAGUCUCUCGGGAAUUCUCUCGCCGGCAAUGAUCUCUGAUGCCAGAUGGAAGCAAAUCAAGGAGAAACUAACUCAAGACGCAAAAUCCGAGAGUGAUACCGCCAUCACCGCCCUAGGCCUCCUGGCCUUGACCUUUGCGAGAUCAAGUACUGAUCAUGCGCUCUUUAAAGAGCUGCUCACGUCGCUUUAUGAGCUGCAUGAGAUCCGAAGCCCUGAGAUCCACUUUACUGUUGGUGACGCAUUAAGUAGUGCCGCGGUCGGUUGGAAUUCGAAGUCACUACUCCGGCAAUUUGACGUCGACGAGGAGGUUCCGCACAUGACAGUUUCGGAGAAAGUACUCGCUGAGAUGACGGACAAGAUCAUAGCGGACUGCACCGCAUCGAAACCCUCGCUAAGGAAGUCGUCCGCUAUAUGGCUGCUGUGUCUGAUCAAAAACUGCGGACAUCUGGCCGAGAUACAAAACCGUUUACGCAAAUGCCAGGCCACAUUCACAGGCAUACUUGGAGAUCGUGAUGAGGUUGUGCAGGAGACUGGAGCACAAGGGUUAGGCCUUGUGUACGAGAUGGGCGAUCAAUCCCUCAAAGACGACCUUGUGCGAGAUUUGAUCGACUCCUUUACUGCGAACAAAUCUAAUCUCGGAGGAGGCAGAGUCCACGCAAAUACGGAGCUUUUUGAACCUGGUGCUCUCCCUACCGGAGAAGGGUCGUCGAUUAAUACAUACAAAGAUAUCAUGAAUCUCGCAUCCGAGGCUGGUGACCCGACAAUGGUGUACCGGUUCAUGUCGCUAGCCUCCAACAACGCGCUUUGGACUAACCGUGCCGCUUUCAGCAAGUUAGGCAUCAGCACUAUCUUCUCUGAUUCGAGUGUCAACGGAUAUCUGGCGAAGAGUACCAAGAUCUAUCCGAAGCUAUUCCGCUACCGAUUUGAUCCCAACCCGAACGUGCAAAGAUCCAUGAACACUAUCUGGACUGCAUUAGUCAAGGACCCAGCAGUGGUAAUCAAUACUCAUUUCGAUGAGAUCAUGGAUGAUCUGCUGACCAGUAUGCUGGCGGGCCGGGAGUGGCGUGUUCGUCAGGCAAGCUGUGCUGCAAUCGCAGACUUGAUGCAGGGACGGCAACCUGAAAAGUACGCAAAGUAUCUGGAUGAGAUUUUCACGAAGGCAUUCAAGCUCCUGGACGAUAUCAAGGAAUCGGUUAGAGUGUCGGCGCUCAAGCUCUGUCAAACGCUUACCAAUGCAAUCGUGCGCACCUUAGAGACGAGUGAUUUGGAAACAAAACGAGCAAAUGCCAUGCUAGCAAGCGCCAUUCCGUUUCUGCUAAGCGAUAAAGGCAUGGAGUCCAGUGUGCAAGAGGUCCAAGGAUUUGCGAUCGGGGCUCUGGUUCAGAUGAUCAAGAAGAGUCCUAGUGGUCCUUUACGAGCGUUUGUCCCUCGCAUAAUCGAGCAGUUUCUCAAUUCGCUGAGCUCCUUGGAGCCUCAAGCGGUCAAUUAUGUCCAUCUCAAUGCCGACAAGUACGGGUUAACGGGCCAGGAAAUAGAUAAGAUGAGAUUAUCUAGUAUCCGCACCUCACCGAUGAUGGAAGUGAUCGAACGAUACUUGAUUGACAUGCUGGACGACACCAGCAUGAAGGAGUUUGCACCCAGGCUCGAAGGUGUCCUUCGCUCUGCAGUUGGACUUCCAUCGAAAGUGGGAUGCAGCCGUGUUCUUGUCCUCCUCAGCAUGAGGCCGAUGCUUUUCCGUCCGUGUGCAGAUCGAUUCAUUCAGCUGCUCAGCAAAUAUGUCGUUGAUCGGAACGAAACAGUCAGCGCAUCCUAUUGCACCUCCAUUGGCUAUCUCAUACGCCUGGCUACGGACGACCAAGUCCUGAAAACCAUCAAUUAUGCCAAGAAUCUAUAUCUGGCUGCGGAGGACGCCAAUGAACGAGUCAUCUCGGCAGAAAUUUUACAUUCUACGUCCAAGCUGUCCAAUGACCGUUUCAUGGCGUUUGCUGCUACGACACUGCCCUUUAUCUUCAUUUCAAAGUAUGACACGGAUACCCAUGUGCGGGAGGUCUUCGAUAAUACCUGGCAAGAUAAUGUCGGCGGCACUAGGGCGGUUUCACUUUAUGUUAAGGAGAUUGCCAGUCUCGCUGCGGAGAACCUGGAUUCCCCCCGGUGGGCCAUCAAGCACACGGCUGCCCUUGGUAUUGCAAAUGCCAUCAUGUUGCUAGACGCCGAUCUCGAUCUCGCCACAAGUCAAUCGCUCUGGCCUGUGCUGGAGAAGGCACUGGCAGGAAAGACGUGGGGCGGGAAAGAGGCUGUGCUCAAGGCGUUUGUGAAGUUCGCAAGCCAAGCUCAGAAGUUGUGGCAGGAGAACAAGCAGCUUAGUGACUCAAUGAAGGUUAUUGCGAUUAGAGAGGCGAAGCGCAACAAUCCGACAUAUCGUCCGCAUGGUCUUGUGGCCUUAGGCGGAGUCGCUCGGGCGCGCAAAGAUGUGGACUUCAUGCCAGAUGCGCUGAACAUUGUGUCUCGAGUACUGGACGAAGUCACGGAGGCUGAUGCAGACUCCAUGGACAUUGAUUCGGGUAGUGGCCAAAAUUCCAAACAAACUUUAGAAGAUACACUGGCGGCCUGUGUGAGGUGUCUCUUUGAAUGUCUUGAACCGUCCGCCGCAGCAGCGGGAGGUUGGUACCCACAAUCCAUCGUUUUCUUUCAGGAUUUACUGACCUGGCGGACAGCAAUCAAGUCUUAUCUCGAAGAAAUGACGCCGUUGAUUGAAAAAGCUGUGAUGCACGGGACGAGGAAAGUGCAGAUUAGCCUUUACGAAGAAUUGGGCAAGCUAUUCGAGAGGUUCGGGAAAUGGGCAACGGCAGGCAAUGGCCAGAAGCCUGAAGCAGGCGAAUUGCAGGGACCGUUGGUGGCGGUCGCGCAAAAAAUGCUUUGUCGGGAGAUAGACAUGUCCAUCGAAACCAUCCGGAUGGGUCGCGCACAGGCCGCAGCCGCGUACGUUACUUUGUCCCAACAGAUGGGGCUAGGAGUCAGUCAGGCACUGCAGGAAUCGGUCAAGACCUGGAGAGACGGCGAAAGAUCGGGACCGGUACAGCAAAUCCUCAACCAGGUAUUGGGUGAUCUUGCAGUCUUGCGGUGA